AACGAUAAACUUCUUUCUAGGGCUUAUUCUAGUUCUCUCCAUCUUCUAUUCUUCCUCCUCAUCCUGUAUUCGUUUUUUCUCUACUGCCGUAUUAGCAGUCUUGUAAAGCAUGGACGGGCAAGAUAACGGAGCUAUUCGCGAUGUAGAACCUAUCGAUGUCAGAUCUGCUGACAACGUAGAAGAUGACAGGUCUCAACCUCACACUGGUGACGGCGCCAGUCCAGGAAAAAUUUUUAUUGGAGGUUUAGCAAGAGAAACAACUUCAGCUCAAUUUGUCAAGUAUUUUGGAAAGUAUGGUGAAAUUACGGAUUCUGUGAUAAUGAAGGACCGGAAAACAGGGCACCCUCGUGGAUUUGGGUUUGUAACUUAUGCAGAUCCUUCUGUUGUUGAUACAAUCAUUCAGGAGACACAUAUUAUAAAUGGAAAACAGGUGGAAAUUAAGCGAACUAUACCCAAGGGAGCUGCUGGCUCUAGGGAUUUCAGAACUAGGAAAAUUUUUGUGGGCGGAAUUCCAACAACUGUGGGUGAAGAUGAAUUCAGGGACUUCUUUGCUCAGUUUGGGGAGGUAAUUGAACACCAAAUCAUGCGGGACCAUGCCACAAAUCGUUCUCGUGGUUUUGGAUUUAUUACAUUUGAAACAGAUCAAGCUGUUGAGGAAAUCUUGGAGAAGGGCAACAGACUAGAGUUGGAUGGAGCACAGGUGGAGAUCAAGAAGGCGGAGCCCAAGAAGCCCAACCAACCACCUCCCUCAUCCAAGCGUUAUAAUGAUUCUAGGGCUUCUUUUGACAGUGGUUUUGGGGAUGCUUAUGGUGGCUUUGGGGGUGGCAGUGGCUUCGGUGGUGGGUAUAGAUCUGGCGGGGCUUAUGGAGGUAGAAUGGGUGCUUAUGGGGGAUAUGGCGGAGGAGAAUUAGGUGGAUAUGGAGGAUAUGGUGGCACUGGCAUUGGGGCUUAUAGGGGAGACCCAUCCCUUGGAUACUCAGGUCGUUAUGGAGGAGGCUUGAGCAGAGGCUAUGAUCUUGGAGGUGGUUAUGGGGGCCCAGGUGAGUAUGGAGGAUAUGGUGCUGCUGGUGCUGGCAGUGGCACUGGCUAUGGGGGUGGGUAUGGGAGUGGCUAUGAUAGUGGCCUUGGUGGCGGGUAUGGAAGCAGCAGCCUUGGUGGCGGGUAUGGAAGUGGCAGUGGUGGGUCAUUCUACGGAAGUAGAGGGGGAUAUGGUGGCGCAGGAAGUGGUACGGGGCGAUACCACCCUUAUGGCAGGUAGAAGGUUGUUGCUGGGAAUACAAUAUUUUCAUGAAUUGUAGCAGGGGAGUUGAGAUUGUUCAGUUUGUAUCAUCCGACCUUUUUAUUUUCCGGUAGUCUAAUGGAGCUCAUUUUUCUCAUGUUGCAUUUUGGAAAUUUAUGAGUCAAUGCCAAAAUGGUUCUCCUUUUAAUUUUAACUUGCAAGGUCUCAAAAGUCCCUGUUGUAUGUAUUUUUUAAGAAUUCCUCAUUGAUGUUGAUGAACUAAAAAUUUUGCAGGAGGCUAUAUGUUUUUACUCGUCUGAUUGAA